CUUCGGUAUCGACUUCCCAGCAAAGUUGUUAUUUGGCUGGUUGUGUGAAAUGAAUAAUCUGUGCGUCCUGUCACCUGUUGAUUUGCAAAAUGUAGUUAUAAAUGGCAUCAACAUAACCUUAUUUAUACCUUAAUUAUAACUUUAAUGUCGAAAGAUAACUCUAAAUAUUUUGGACACAGGUCGCUUUUGGAGCUAUGGCAGGUUUCGAGGAGCCAGACUUGUUUCAGGUUUCUAUUAAAGCUCUGAAACCUUCUACACAAGACAUGGUUUGCAGCUUACUGAAUCCCUUGAAAGUUAUUCCAACAGAUGAAGGCCUGCCAAGGGACUGGAGAGGACUGGCACAGUUGGUUGGCCUGCACGGUGAAAAAAUUCCUCAGGUUUCUUCAAACCCAAAUCCUACAGAACAAGUUUUCAAGCAAUGGCCAGAGAACUCCAUAGGAUUACUACAGAAGUAUUUGGGAGUGCUGGAUCGAUGGGACAUUGUAGAUGACACUGAAGUUGUAAUGAAAAAUGAUGCCAUUGAAUACCUCAAGUCUGUUGAGAGGGCUUCCUCAUCAGCUUCUGUUCUAGAUGUGGAAACAGAUAAGCAGAUACUUACCAGAGAUGAUGUUAUUCGUGCAGAGAAAGGCUUAAAGCCACAAACUUACAGUGCCUUUUUGCUGUAUGCAGAUGAAGAUGAGAAUUUUGCAAUGCAGGUUGUAGACCAGAUGGAAACAAAGUACAAAUUGAAGCUGUGUUUACGAGAUCGUGAUUUGAUUGGUGGCCUUGCAUUUGAACAUGAAGCAAUUAUGAGACUAAUAUCGGAAAGGUGUAACCGAUUAAUUGUUGUUGUUUCUCCAAGCUUUCUUAAAAGUGAAGCAAACAAAUUUUUUGUUACAUUUGCUCAGGCUCUUGGCAUUGAUCAGAAGCACCGGAAAGUUGUACCUGUGCUGUACCAGAAGUGCCAACUACCUCCUGAGCUGAGUUACUACUUCUUACUGGACUUCACUCGACCUGGCCACCUCUGGAAUUUCUGGGAGAAACUGCACGAUUCUAUAGCAGCUCCGAGUGCAAAUAGCAGGACCACAAGAGACUUCAGCAGGACUGAAGAAAUUACAAUAAAGAACAACAUAGAUGACAAAUUUAAGGAUCCUACAGCUAGUGGACUGCCAUACCAUUCAGCACCACAUGACAUACAUGGAAGUGCUUUAUAUAAGCCUCGCAGUUUGAAAGACAUACCAUCAGAUUCAUUGUUCACACCUGUUAAGCAACAUACGUCUUCUGAUGGAAAACGUCUAAAGAAGAGCAAAUCACCUAGUCUAGAAAAUCUCAAACCGAAGGCUUGGUUGAAGCGAUUUCUGCCAUCGUCCAGUCACAAGAAGAAAGGCAGUAAAGUAGCAGAAGGAUAUGAAUGUUAAAAAAAAAAUCUCUGCUCAUAAAUACCUUAUGAUAGUUCUUUCACAUUCCAUAAAUGUGUGUAAAUGUAUAUAUCGAUGUAAAUAAUUAAUUUUCUGCUGAUGUUAGAAUUGUACAUAAAAAAUGUGAUACUGUACUGCUACAUUGUUU